GCCCCGCCCACCCCGCGUGCCUCCGACGCGGAUUGGCAGAGGGAGCGAGGCGGGACUUGGAGAGAUUAAAGACCACGCCGCGGGUCUGGCCCCGGGGGCAGAGACGGCUCCAUGGCGUGGAGGGGACUGGCUGCCGAGUUCCUGCAGGUGCCGGCGGUGACACGGGCCUACACCGCGGCCUGCGUCCUUACCACCGCCGCAGUGCAGCUGGAGCUUCUCAGCCCCUUCCAGCUCUACUUCAACCCGCACCUCGUGUUCCGGAAGUUCCAGGUCUGGAGGCUCGUCACCAACUUCCUCUUUUUCGGGCCUCUGGGAUUCAGCUUCUUCUUCAACAUGCUUUUCGUGUUCCGAUACUGCCGCAUGCUGGAGGAGGGUUCCUUCCGCGGCCGCACGGCCGACUUCGUCUUCAUGUUUCUCUUCGGAGGCAUCCUUAUGACCCUCCUGGGACUCCUGGGUAGCCUGUUCUUCCUAGGUCAGGCCCUCACAGCCAUGCUGGUGUAUGUAUGGAGUCGCCGCAGCCCUCAGGUGAGGGUCAACCUCUUCGGCCUCCUCACUCUUCAGGCGCCAUUCCUGCCCUGGGCACUCAUGGGCUUCUCACUGCUGCUGGGCAACUCCAUCCUCGUGGACCUGCUGGGGAUUGCUGUGGGCCAUAUCUACUACUUCCUGGAGGAUGUCUUCCCCAACCAGCCUGGAGGCAAGAGGCUGCUGCUGACCCCUGGUUUCCUGAAGCUGCUACUGGAUACCCCAGACGAAGAUACCAAUUAUCUGCCCCUCCCUGAGGAGCAGCCAGAAACCCUGCCACAAUGACCCUACCUAGGGUCAGGGCAAGGCCACAAAGCAUGUUUUCUUGGCAGACCUCCAUCCCACGCCUAACCCCUUCUUGCAGCAGAGCAUCCUCUUCUGGAGGCUGGGCCUGUACCCAACACUCACCCAAAUAAACAAAAUGAUCUGCAGUCUCCACGCAUGGCACUGGUUUCCCCUGUCUCAGCUGGCACAUCAUGCCAAGCUGGGCAGGCACUUUAGGCCACCAAAUCCGGUUGGGCCCUGCCUACCCUCUGCUCUUGGAUUGGGGCUGGUACAGGGCAGUUUUACUCCUGCCAAAUGGGGCCUGCCCUCUCAGGCCAAUUGUAGGAGAUAGAAUGAGAAGCUCAGAACAUUAAGAACCUGCCUGUGGUUGCCCAGCAGAUGCAGAUGACCUCACAGAGGCACAUUUGGGAUUUUUAUCCCAGCCUGGUCAGUGCCUUGGUGGAGCCCUUGACAAAUCCCUCCCAGUACCCAGAUGGGCCUCUGCUCCUGCCAGUCAGCAUGGAGGAUAGACAGAUCUGCAUAGCAAAGUCUGGGACUAGUCUGUCCCCAUUUGCCAGAAGCCCAUUCUGGGGGCUUCUGCCUGUGGUGCCUUUAGGCUGAUGUCUCAGUUGCUCCCUUCCUGUCCCUUACCAGUAACAAGUGGUUCUUUGCCCAUUUUCCUGCUGGGCAGCUAACAGACUUGGGGAAGGUCCCUGGGGUCAGGUGCAAAGGAAGGUCAGGACCAGUCCUCUGCCCUUUCUGUGACUCCAAAGCCUUGAGUUUUCAUCUUAGCAGGGGCAGCAGCUAUCUCUCAAGUUCUGGCCCUGCCAUUUUUUGCUGAGGACCACGGAAACUUUAUAUAAUCCUGCAGCUCACUUUUCUCUUCUGUAAAGUGGGCAUCUGAAGACCUGGACAGCUAUUUGUGUUGCCCUAGACUAACAUUAUGGUGUAUUUCUGGAUGAACAUAGUAUGGGAACUCCUCCAGACAUAAGCUGUCAUGUUCAUGGAUGCCAAAAAAUUCACCAGUCUGACCUUAAUCUUGUAGUGAAACCUUGUAGAGCUCUGCAGUGGUGUGGGCUGGCAGUGCUCAGAUGAAGGCUCUUUCCUAGGCCUCUCCUGUGUAGGUAGGCCAGCCUGCCCAGUGGACUUCAGGCAAACAGGAUUCAUUUCAUCAGACCAGUUGUGAGGGCACAGGACUGUAUUGCACACAAACUGAACACCUUAACAAUGGAGCCCACUGGUUUCUAAGGUUGCCAGUUGUCCCCUCGAUAUGGGGCUCAGGUUGGGAGCCAGAUGCCACAGGUUCCCUCUCAGGCCCUCAGGGAAUAGAGCUGCCCUGACAUCCAAAGGUGCCAGGGGACUGGGCCCACUCUCUUCAGUUAAGACUGCAGCUGUGUGCCCAGACCACUAAGCAGUGCUUGGCUUAAGUAGGAGACUUACACAUGCCAUCCUCAUGGACCCCAGAUCCCUUCUGUGGUAUGGAUACUUCCACCUUAGAGACAAGGAUGCAGCAAGCUGAUCAGAGGCAGAGCUGGGAAGAGACCCAGAGCCGUGCCUCCUUUCCUACCUACCAACUCACCCCACAGACCCAACACUGGGCCGUGCAUGGCUGAACUGCUGGAUAUGCUUAUUCCUCACAAGUGCCCAGAAGGGAAGAGCCAGCCCAGGCCCCAGCACUAGCCAGGGAUGGGACUGCACCCCAGCUGCCUACUUUGAGUGUGCUGUUGGGAGGUAUAGUGAGUGGUGCAUACCUGCUAGAGCUGGACCAGCCAGCACAGGUCCACAGGGACCCUGGCCGGAUAUGUUCCCUACAGUGCCUACAUGGGACAGGCCUCUGCAAGGGACUGACUGGACACAGCAGAACCCAGGGAUAGUGGGAGCGUCUGUUAUUACUUCAAAGCAAAGGGUCUGGAGAUAAGGGCUGUCACUGAAAGAGCAAGUUGACCCCCUGCCCGAGGAGACUCCUGACCACAUUUCUCAUUUCCCCCUCUACAAGGAUGAGCCAAGCAUGGAUCUUGGUGGGAAAAUGGAGGACUAAAGGAAAAGUAAGGAUUAUGCUCAGACUCAGGAGCCUGGGAGGGGUGAGGGUGACUAAGUAGAGUCCUGGGUCCCAACCAUCCCCCCACCUGUCCACCUGAACUCGAGAAGUGCAAGAGGCCUAGCACACCAGCCUUGGCCACAGAUCACUCAGCUAGGGGGGAUCUUGUUCUCUCCCAUUCUUAUUCUUACAUUACCACUUUGAAGAAAUGGAACAGGACCUGCUCCUUUUAUUUAAAAAGUGUUGCUAGCCCUGUCUGGGGCUCCUUUAAAAAAACAAAACACAACCCCAGACAAGGCCUCUUCCCAACCAGAGACUGGGGUGCUGGGGACCAGAGCUCAGCAAAUGGAAUGUGUGCCUGGAGGGAGGGUCACCUGGAAGGCUCCCUG